CAUGGCCUCUGAGGUGGUGUGCGGGCUGGUCUUCAGGCUGCUGCUGCCGAUGUGUCUCGCAGCCGCUUGCCUGUUCAGGUACAACGCCCUCUCCUUCGUCUACCUCAUCUAUCUCCUGCUCAUCCCGCUGUUCGCGGAGCCCACAAGCACGACAAUGCAAGGCCACACAGGACGCCUGCUGCAGUCCCUCUGCUUCACCAGCAUGUCUUUCCUGCUGCUCCACAUCAUCUAUCAGAUUACCGUCAACAGCCUCCUGUCCGGGAACUCCAUCGCAUCUGACUUCAACUGUUCCAACUGGGAGAAAUCCAUCAGACAAGUUGGCUUUGAGAGUGUGAUCGGCGCAGACCCGGGCAACGGCAUCCGAGUGUUCAUCCCCGACAUCGGCAUGUUCGUGGCCGGGUUGGCCACCUGGCUGCUGUGCCGCAGUCUGGUCCAGAAGAGGCCGCCCGAGGACAUGGCCCAGGACAACGCCGACUUUGAAGCCGAGGAACAAGAAGAAGAGGAGAAGCUGAGCCUCGACGACGACGUCCACCUGGGGGAGGACUUUGAAGCGGGAUACGAGGCCGAGGAGGAUGAAGAAUACGAGGAGGAGGAAGACGAGGAAGAAGAGGAGGAGGAGGAGGAAGAGGAAGAAGAGGCAAAGGAGAGCACCAAGAUGAAGGUCCUACGGAUUGUGGCAGAGUUUGCGUCCAAAGUGAAGGAGAUAAUCGGGAACUUGAUCACGACGGCAGGGAAGGUGGUGGUCACCAUCUUGUUGGGGAUGACGGGUGUCAUGCUGCCGUCGUUGACUUCGGCUGUCUACUUCUUCCUCUUCCUGUUCCUGUGCACCUGGUGGUCCCUUUGCCGGACCUUCGACACACUCCUCUUCAGCUGCAUGUGUGUCCUGAUGGCCAUCUUCAGUGCGGGACACCUGAUUGUCCUCUACCUCUACCAGUUCCAGUUCUUCCAGGAGUCCAUACCACCAGACGAUUAUUACAUCAGUAUAUUUGGCAUCUCCCCCAUUGUUCAGAGCAACUGCUCCUACACAUGGAAGCUCAUUGUGCACCCGGGGCGUAAGUGGAACCACUUUGUCAAUCCCAUCGUCCUGCUGCUGCUCUACUACACUCUGGCCACGCUCAUCCGCCUGUGGCUGCAGGAACCCAUCGACCAGCUCACGGACGACCAGGACGGCGAUAUCUGCGAGGAGGAAGAUCUGGAUGGAAACACAGCGAAUAACUCUGCCAACAGGAAGAGGCAGCUGUGGUGGGAAUCCCGCCAAGGCACUGAUGAGAAAAACCUCCUCUCCAUCCAGGAUGGCUUCAGCACUACUGAGGCUGCACCCACCUCAAACGGGACGUCCUUUGACUUUGUCACCACUGAUAAUGGACCAGUGUGUCUGGACUUGUAUUCAACCCCUCAGUAUAAAAUGGGUCAGCCCAGGGACGUACCAGAGAAGAAGCCAGAGUGUGUGUAUGAGGUGUGUUUUCCCCCGGAGGAUUCGGCGUUCGAGAAAGGAGAGGAGAAGCCCGAGGAAGGAAAGCGCGGGAUGAAGAAGAGAGGAGUCGGUGCAAUAGUCAAAACCUUCCACUUCGUCAUGAAACAGAGCUACAUCUGUGCUCUCAUAGCCAUGAUGGCUUGGAGCAUCACGUACGUCAGCUGGCUGACGUUUGUCUUCCUCAUCUGGUCGUGCACGCUGUGGAUGGUGAGGGACCGGAGGCGUUACGCCAUGCUUUCCUCCCCCUUCAUGGUGGCGUACGGCAACCUGCUGAUAGUUCUGCAGUACAUCUGGAGUUUUGAGAUCAUGGAUUAUUCCAAAGUCCUUGGGUUCUUUGUCGAGAAGAAGAACCUUUUCCAUUCACUUUCAUCUAAGGUCCUUUGUCUGCUGAGCUUCUGGCUGCUGCUGAGACAAACGCUUACAGAGAGGCAGGAAAAACAAAAGGAUGACAGCUCUGGUCUCUCAGAUGUUUAUGUGGAGGAUCAGAAGAAGAAAGAGGAAGAGGACUCUGAGGAGGGAGGGGAGCAGGACAUAAUGCAGGUUCUGGGUAACAUGGUCAUGGCUCUAUUGGUGAAAUACUGGAUCUACAUCUGUGGCGGCAUGUUCUUCUUUGUCAGCUUCGAGGGAACAAUCGUCAUGUACAAGAUCAUCUACAUGAUGAUGUUCCUCUCCUGUGUGGCGCUCUACCAGGUGCACUAUGAGUGGUGGCGAAGGAUCCUGAAGUACUUCUGGAUGUCGGUGGUGAUGUACACCAUGCUGGUCCUCAUCCUGGUUUACACCUACCAGUUUGAUAGCAAUACCUUUUGGACUAAAACGUUAAACAUGGAAAAAGAAAGCUUGGAGGAUCUCGGCCUGAAGAGGUUUACCGUUCCCAUGCUGUUCACCAGGAUUUUCAUUCCCACGUCUUUCCUGCUGGUGUGUAUUCUCCACCUGCAUUACUUCCACGACCGCUUCCUCCAGCUCACCGAUCUCCAGGCUGUGGUGGCCAAAGAAGAGAGCACUAUCUACAGGCUCGUGCACCAGGACGGCAGCCUGGCAGACCUCACCAUGCUCAGUGGCAACUCCGCGGAGGCCACGCCGUCCGGAGAGGAACGGCAGCCGCCGGGGGAGCAGGGGGAGUGGGGGAAGGAGGAGAAGGCGGAGAAGGCGAAGGGGCGGGCCCUGGUGGUAACGAUCAAUGACACCGGCGGGACGGCCGAGAAGCCCAGAAGUGUCUCCGACCCGCGGCAGUCCAGCACGGAGGAGAGCCAGGCCUGCAGCGCGGGGACGGAGCCGGAGCCGAGCACCGAGCAGAGCUCAGAUCUGAAGAAUAAAUGGCACCUGGUGGUGGACCGUCUAACGGUGCUCUUCCUCAAGUUCCUGGAGUACUUCCACAAACUGCAGCUGUUCAUCUGGUGGUUACUGGAGAUCCACAUCAUCAAGAUCGUGUCCUGCUACAUUGUCCUGGUCUCUGUUAAAGAGGUGUCUCUGUUCAACUACGUGUUCCUGGCAUCCUGGGCCUUUGCACUGCCUUACAGCCAAUAUCGUCCCCUUGCCUCCAGUGUUUGCACCGUCUGGACGUGUGUUAUCAUCGUGUGUAAAAUGUUGUACCAGCUGAAGUCUAUAGACCCCCCUUCCUACUCGAAGAACUGCUCGAUGCCAGCCAACUACUCACAGACGCAGGUCACUGAGAUGGAGGAGUCUCUGCUGUAUAAAGGACCAGUGGAUCCAGCCAACUGGGUCGGCCUGCAGAAGUCUGCAGACCUGCUGGGAUACCUCAGGAACAACCUGAUGAUGCUGGCUCUGUUAGCAUUCGAGGUGACCAUUUAUCGGCAUCAGGAAUACUUCAGACUGAGGAACAAGCUCUCGCCUCCAGCUGCCAGCAUCAUCUUCCACGACAUCACGCGGCAGCACCUGGACACCGGCAUCGUCAGCUUCAUUAAAUACUUCGUCAACUACUUCUUCUACAAGUUUGGACUUGAGACGUGCCUGCUGCUGGUGGUCAACGUCAUCGGGCAGCGCAUGGACUUCUUCGCCAUGCUUCACGCCUUCGCCCUGAUCGCAGUCAUGUACCGACGCAGGAGGAAAGCCAUCGCUGAGAUCUGGCCAAAGUACUGCUGCUUCCUGGCCUGCAUGCUGACCGUCCAGUACUUGAUCUGCAUCGGGAUCCCGCCGGCGGCCUGCAGAGAUUACCCCUGGAGGUUUCCAGACUCGACCACGGACUCCAAUGUGGUCAAGUGGCUCUAUGUUCCAGAUUUCCUGACUCAACCCAAUCCGAUGUUCCUCAUCUAUGACUUCAUGUUGCUGCUGUGUGCCUCUCUCCAGAGGCAGGUGUUCGACGAGGAAAACAAGGCGGCGGUUCGCCUCAUGGCCGGAGACAACGUGGAGAUCUGCAGGGACCUGGACGCAGCCUCUUUCAGCGUCCACAACCCCGUCCCCGACUUCAUCCACUGCAGGUCCUACCUGGACAUGCUGAAGGUCAUCACAUUUAGCUACUUGUUCUGGUUCGUACUGACCAUCAUCUUCAUCACUGGCACCACGCGGAUCAGCGUCUUCUGCAUGGGCUACCUGGUGGCUUGCUUCUACUUCCUACUCUUUGGCGGAGAGCUGUUGCUCAAACCAAUCAAAAAGAUCCUCCACUACUGGGACUUCCUCAUCGCCUACAACAUCUUCGUAAUCACCAUGAAGAACAUUUUGUCUAUACUGGCUUGUGGCUACAUCAAAUCUCUCAUUAAACACUGCUGGUUGAUCCAGUUGUGCAGUCUGGCGUGCACCAUCAAGGAAUACAAAGUCACAAUCAACGAAAACGACAAGAAGCUCUGUGAGUUGCCCGGCAACGAGGCCGGGAUCAUCUGGGACAGCAUCUGCUUUGCCUUCCUGAUGCUGCAGAGAAGAGUCUUCAUGAGCUACUACUUCCUCCACGUGGUGGCCGAUAUCAGAGCUUCGCAGGUCCUCGCGUGCAGAGGGGCGGAGCUUUUCCAGGCCACGAUCGUGAAGGCGGUGAGAGCCCGACUGGAGGAGGAGCGCAAAUCUGUGGAGCAGCUGAAGAGACAGAUGGAGCGCAUUAAGGUGAGGCAGCAAAAGUUUAAGAGGGGCAAGGAGAGGAUGCUGAGCAUUGCACAGGAGUCUGGAGAUGGACCAACCCUCAUCCAUCCCGAGGAAGAGGAGGAGGAGGAUGAUGACGGAGCACAGCGAGCGAAAGCCAAGACCAAAAAAAAGCAGUGGUGGAGGCCGUGGGUUGACCAUGCUUCCAUGGUUAGAAGUGGAGACUAUUACUUGUUUGAAACUGAUAGUGAGGAUGAGGAGGAAGAAGAGGAGAAAAAAGAUGAUGAACCGCCAAAGAAGUCCGCAUUUCAGCGAGCUAUUGGGAAGUUUGUCUCUGCUCUUCUGGCCUUGCCCAAGUCUGUCAUUAAGCUGCCUAAAACUAUCCUGCAGUACAUAGUGAAGGCAGGCAAGUUUCUCUAUCACGCCUGGAUCACAGACCCCAAAGCGGCCCUCAAGGCCCGAGGGAAGGAGAAACGUAAAUUUUGGAAAAAAUAUACUAAAGGAGUCAGACACAGAAAAAGCAAAAAACAUGGUAAUGUGACCGUAGAGGUUGGUGAGCUCUCAGAUGGGCAGGAAAAAGAUGAAGAGAAGAAGAAAUCUGGUGGUCCAGACAACAUCAUCAAGCGAGUCUUCAACAUCAUAAAGUUCACCUGGGUGCUCUUCCAGACAACGUUGGACAGCUUCACCAAGUGGAUGAACGACAUGUGCAGGGAGUACAUCGACAUCUCCACCGUGCUGCGCAUAGAGCGCUGCAUGCUGACCAGAGAAGUCAAAAAAGGCAAUGUGCCGUCGCGAGAGAGCAUCCACGUCUACUACCAGAAGGCCAUGAGGCUCAACAUGUCCAGGCAGGCCAGUUUGGAUCAGCUGAGCGAGGACGAGUCGACCUUCCCCUCCACCGGGGUCCGCAGGAGGAGAAGAGCCCACCCCAUGGGGAGCCAGGACUCCUCAGCCUCCAGAGACUCCAUCUCCAGUGCCUUCACCGAUGCAACCACACUGUUUUCUCGCCAAUCCACCCUGGAAGACCUGGAUGCAAUGCCGGAGUGCAUUCCCAAAACCAGCGAGCGAGCCAGGCCCAAACUGCGUAAGAUGUACGGCCUGGACGUCUCCAAUUCGUCAGCGGAAAGCUGCAGCAGCUUCAUGUCCAGUGAAGCGACCCAGUGCGUCACGCUCUACUCCAGGCAGGGCACCGCAGACACCAUAGACGAAGUGGAGGAUGAGCAGGACCAAGGGGAAGGCAAACAACAACAACAACAACAGCGGCAGCAGGGUCCCUGGGAGAACCAACAGCUCGAUGAGAGGGAGGGGCCAGAGGGCGGCGGCUGGAGUGAUGCCGAACCCAAAGGGACAGCCGAGGAGGGUGAGGGCCGAGAGGGGCCCAUGGGUGAGCAGUCGCCAAAAGACCAAGCUGGAGAAAAGGCUCACUGGGACUCCUCGUGCCCGGAUGAGAGCCCCUCUCUCGGGCUGGUGGAGGCGGAGCCUGCCGCCUCCGCCCAGGAGAAAGACUUCGCCGCCGAAAGUGAGGAUGGAGCAGAGCAGCAGGACUUGGUGCGGGCGGAGGGGCGAGCGGGGCCGCCCUGCACCCCGGAUACGGACGCCUCCAAGACGUCCGACGCCGACGUGCCGCCCAGUUACAGCAAGGCCGUGAGCUUCGACCGGCUGGAGAUCAGCGACGACGAGAGUGACAGGGAUCGGAAGAGGCGCAUGGUGAUGACCUCUGACAGUCGCUCGGACAGCAGGUCGGACAUCAUGUUGCCCUCUAUGACCACUGAGCUGACCGCCAGCGAACUGCUGCUCAACAAGAUGUUUUACGACAAGGAGCUGGAACAGUCUGAUAAAUUCUACCAAAAACAGCCUCUGGUCCUCCAGCUCUGCUACGCCCUCUACAACAUGCUGGUGGCCAACUCUGAGAUGCUGUGCUACCUUGUGAUCAUCAUCAACCACAUGGUGUCGGCCUCCUGCAUCACCCUGGUCCUUCCCACCACCAUAUUCCUCUGGGCCAUGCUGUCCGUCCCCCGGCCCAGCAAGCGCUACUGGAUGACCGCCAUCAUCUACACCGAGGUCACCAUAGUCAUCAAGUACUUCUUCCAGUUUGGCUUCAUCCCCUUCAACCAGAACGUCAUCGAUAGGAAUAAACCGACUCAUCCCCCCAACAUCAUUGGAGUGGAGAAGAAGGACGGCUACGUCCACUACGACCUGGUCCAGUUACUGGCUCUCUUCUUCCACAGAUCCAUUCUGAAGUGCCACGGCCUUUGGGACGAGGACGACACCAAGGACAAGAGAGAGCCCUCUCGUCAGAGUGAGUCGGAGGAGGAGGGGAAGGAGCAGGAGAGUGAGACGGGGUCCGAGCGAGCCGCCUCGCUGGCGAGCGAGCGGAGAGGCUCCACUCACACCUUGAGAUCCAUCAACUUCGGCACCUCCAUCGAUUCAGGACAGGUCCAGGUGCACCAGGCGCAACAGCAGACCUACCAGCGGCGCAGGAGCUCCAGCGGAGGCUCGCACAUUUCUCACCGAUCGCUCCACUCUUCUGCGCGGUCCAAGAGAGGAAGCACGACUUCCCACAACAGCAGCCACAAGGACGGCAGCGAGGCCAGCGUGCAUCAGAAGACCCGCAAGCAGAUGAUCGGCGAGAAGCUGAGGGAGCAGCUCCUCAAAGGGAAAGCUUUCGUCACAAAGCGGUUCAUGGAGAUCUACCUUCCCAUCAGGCAGUUCUUCUAUAACUUGAUCCACCCGGACUACAGCGCCGUCACAGACGUCUACGUGCUGAUGUUCCUCGCAGACACAGUCGACUUCAUCAUCAUCGUGUUUGGAUUCUGGGCGUUUGGUAAACACUCGGCGGCAGACAUCACCUCGUCCCUGUCGGAGGAUCAGGUCCCGGGACCUUUCUUGGUCAUGGUCCUGAUCCAGUUUGGGACCAUGGUGGUGGACCGGGCCCUCUACCUCAGGAAGACCGUCAUGGGCAAGGUUGUCUUCCAGGUCAUCCUGGUCUUUGGAAUCCACUUCUGGAUGUUUUUUAUCCUGCCGGGAAUCACAGAAAAGCGCUUCAGCGAGAACACAGUCGCUCAGAUGUGGUAUUUUGUCAAGUGCGUCUACUUCGGGCUGUCGGCCUAUCAGAUCCGUUGUGGCUAUCCCACUCGCGUUUUGGGAAACUUCCUAACCAAAAGCCACAAUUAUGUCAACCUCUUCCUGUUUCAAGGUUUCCGUCUGGUGCCGUUCCUAACAGAGCUCCGAGCCGUGAUGGACUGGGUUUGGACUGACACCUCGCUGUCUCUGUCCAGCUGGAUAUGCGUGGAGGACAUCUAUGCUCACAUCUUCAUUCUGAAAUGCUGGAGAGAGUCUGAGAAGAGGUAUCCCCAACCCCGAGGCCAGAAGAAGAAGAAGGUGGUGAAGUACGGCAUGGGAGGGAUGAUCGUGGUGCUGCUCAUCUGCAUCGUCUGGUUCCCGCUGCUCUUCAUGUCCCUCGUUAAGUCGGUAGCCGGAGUCGUCAACCCGCCGCUGGAUGUGUCGUUUGAAAUCACCCUGGCUGGCUUUCAGCCCAUCUUCACCAUGAGCGCUCAGCAGAAGCAACUGCAGAAUGUGACAAAUAAAGAAUAUUUUCCUUUUGUGAACAGUUAUAAGGCCUUUGAUGACGCCUUGCAGUGGCUGGAGGGCUACAUGCCAGAAGACCUGAUCAUUGCGGAGCUUAAAGGCAGCUCCAACUCUCUGUGGACAAUCAGUCCCCCCAGCAGAGCCAACCUGAUCGACAUGUUGGGCACUGACGAGGAAUUCCCCAUCACCGUGUCCUGGUCCGUGCAAAGAAACUUCACUUUUGGUGCCAAGGCUGAAAUAGCGUCCGGAAAACGAGUGACAGCUCUGGACCCACCUACAAAGAAGGCGCUCAUCGCCGUCCUAAAUGGGACAGAAAAUAUUUCACAAGUGACCCUUAAAGAGAUCUUCCCUCGUUUUAUUCGAGCCCCCAGUGACUCGGAUGCAAAGUCUGUCGAUCAUCUUUAUAAAGAUAAAAAGAUGUUGGACAUAACCUUGACAUUGAAGAGGGCUUCGAAAGUCGGAGAUCAGAUCCAGGAAUGGUGGAUUGUCAACCAGACGAAGCCGGGCCCGAUACAAAAGAGGCUUGCCAACAAGUUUGAAACGGGCCUGGAGCUCUACGUGUUUAGCGACAAAGUCAGCCCGCCCAGUUUGGGCUUUCUGGCGGGAUACGGGAUCAUGGGCCUGUAUGCGUCCGUGGUUCUGGUCAUCGGCAAGUUUGUACGCGAGUUUUUCAGCGGCAUCUCCCACACCAUCAUGUUCGAGGAGCUGCCCAACGUGGACCGCAUCCUCAAGCUGUGCACGGACAUCUUCCUGGUUCGAGAGACGGGGGAGCUGGACCUGGAGGAGGACAUGUACGCCAAACUCAUCUUCCUCUACCGCUCCCCAGAGACUAUGAUCAAGUGGACCAGAGAGAAGACUGAGUGAGACGCGGCGGGGAGACGGAAGGCCGACGGAGGUCGGAGCUCAUUCGGGAAGCGAUGGACGGCGCGACCAGCUGUUUCAGCCUAUUUCAUCAGCUGAGAGAGCAGAAGGUCAGCUGAGGACCAGCCCUGUGCGGUUGUCUCGAGCUCUGAUGGCAGCGAUACAAGCACUUGAGUUAUAAACUGGUAUUUUAUACUAUUAAUUGAUGAAAAGCAACAAUUGCCGUCAUAUUAUAAAGAAUUGAGGACAGAUUUGCCGUUGUAUUUAUCUCUCGCGAAACCUGGCAUCCAGUGGAUACAACGAGCAGCUGGUGUCAAGUUGGAGACGGAGAAAUCUUUAUUGACAACGUUGUUAAAUUAUUUAAAGUUUUAUCCCUAACGUAUGUUUUUAAACACAAAUGCCCAGAACAGUCGUAGCGCUUCAUGUCCGUCUUUAACAUUUUUACAGUCGCAUGGUAGGCGAAGAGAAACUGGCUGCAACAUUUAUCUUUAAGGGCUUCCCAUCAACAAAUACGUGCACAAUAGUGGCCACAUGAGCACAAUCUCGUAUCUUCUCCCAACUGGAAAGCUUGGACUGUGGCACUGUGCAAUAUUGAGCUCUCGUUCCUCAAGGUUUUUGAAGGAAUUGGACUGCGGGGAAAAAGCUGGUUUUGACCAAGAAACAUGAAAAUAAAGACCACCUUUUUUUUGUAGGUCAGAGGUCACAUGGCGUCCUCCCGAAAGACAUCUUUACUUGCCUUAUUUUGUUUUGUAUGAGGAGAACCGUUAUCUACCACAUGCAUAUCUUUCUCAGGAAGAGCUCUUUUCACAGAUAUCCAUUGUAUAAGUUCAAUGCUACAAUAUGUACGCUGUGAUGGAUCUAAAAGAACAUGAGAUGGUAGAAAAGGACGGGACCUAUUUAAAUGGCAUGAAUUUUAAUGUGGAUAUUGUUCCGGAGGACUGGCACUGAGUAUGUAUACUGCAUAGAGAAACCGUUUAAGGCUGAAUUAAGGCUGUGGACUGUUUUUCUCUUUGAGACUAUUUGCCAAUAAUCCAUGUUCGAGGUCAUCCACAGGUUGGCAAGAAUCGAGACCGGCAGAGGGCUGUUUUAGAAUCAGGGUAACAUGCAUUAGUUGGUAGAUUCUUGCCCAUCUCAUGUGAACCUCUUGCUGUUUAUAACACUAAUACUCGCAAACACUGUGGCGCGUCGUGUGCAUUCAGUCAUCAAAGAAGAAAGGAGCAGACUCAAAAAAGAUUCCUCACAUGAAGGGCUGAAACAAAAAGUCCAAACUAUGCAUUAGAGGGACAUUGUAGCAUGAUAGAAAAAAAGAAAAAAAAAGUAUUGCCAUGACUAAUUUUCAUUACAUGUAGAUACAAGUUUAAGGGGAAACCGGCGGAAUGAAAUGUGAAAUGAUACCAGUAUGUUUAAUGUGCGAGAUCUG